AUUGCGACCACAUCGAUCCACACAAAGAAUUACAUCCGACACUGAUCAGCGCCCGCCGCGCAUUCCUCGGCAGCAUACACUUCGCCAAUAUCCGUUCGCCGACAUCCAACCGUGACAUCUUCAACAGACAGACACCAUGGGCCGAAUGACGAGAGCGAAAGCAGCAGAAGUGGCUGGAAUGCUUCAUGUCCACGAAGAUGCGCUUCUUGAGCCUCCUUGCGACAACCCUGAAAUGGCCGGCCAGGUGAACCCUGACGGUCUCAACCGUAAGCCUCUCGGCGAAAUCUCUGGCAACAUUGGGAUAAGCGAAGACAAUGACAACGAGAUGGGAGACAUUGGAGGCGCAGUCAAGAGCAAGAAAGUUAUGGAGCAAAACGUGGAAUGCCAAAAUGAGACGAGCAGCAACUACACAUCUUUGGCGCAAGCAGGAGAUCGACCAGGAGAGGUCAUGCCAGAUAGCGUUGAAUCUGUGCCGUCGCCAGCGAGCGAGGCCGCGGCAGAAGAUUUAAUGAAGGAUGCUCCAUUGCUCGAGAUGUCUCAUUUGCCAGUGCACGAUACUAGACCGACGACACCUCCUUCAAGCGCCGUUCGAUUGACCAGGAGCCAGCUCGAAAUUACCUCUCCGGAACUGAAUGACCACUUCAACGACUCCGUCGCCUGUCCAGCCGAAGCAUUAAACGACGACGAGCAGAUGCCUUCCACUGUACAGAGAUUGCGCGAUUCGCCGGUUGAGGUGGUCGCGACGCCGAAGCAAAAUACAGAUCACAGCAUGAGCUCUCCCACGAUAUCGGAAACAAUCUACGAUCGGCUGGAGACCGCCGUGAUUGAAUCAGGGACUCCGCCACGAUCAACAUCGAAACCAUCCCCAGACGCAAUUAGCGCUUUAGACGAGCUCGAUGACGCCGUCGAGAAAAUCGCGGCCCAGGUCCCUGAAGUCCAGAACUCUCCUCAAAAGCCAAAGGCCAAGAGCCAGAGGCCUGUACCAGCUGUGCGCACCACCAAGGCCAGCCAAGCUCGAAUCUCCCUCGCCCAUGGUCCGAAAGAUACUCCUCGCGCUCCGGCCAUGGGCCGUCCGCGACAGUCCCUGGCUAUGAGCCAGACCGACUCAAAGCGUAUCACUUCAACUUCUAGCAUCAAGUCGAACGACAGCACUACCGACGCACCGGCAGAGAAGAAGGAAAUUGUCAUCCCACACAGCAAGCCUCGACCGUUCUCAAUGUCGUUUCCUACGCCGCCUCCACCACCAAAAUCAAGCAAAGCUCCAACUCAGAGUACAUUUCAACUCCCCGGGGAAGCAGUCGCUGCCAAGCUUAAAGCGGCCAAAGAGGCUCGUCUUCAGAAGGAAACCGAGGAGCAGAAGAAGAAAGUCUUCAAGGCUCGUCCUGCACCUUCCAUGACCAGCAAGCCUGUCGUCCGUCAGACUAGCGCCAGCAAAGCUCGCGAGUCUCUCAUGACUGGAGUCAAGCCCACACCUGCUCCCUCCGCGAGCCACAGACGUGCCGCCAGCCUCGCUUCCUCCCGACUAGCAGGUCGCACAUCCGUCGUGUCCAAACCCACACCGUCCGCCGGCAUCGCCAAGAAGUCCUCCACUCCCUCCUUCACGCAACCCAUCUCGGUCCCGAAACGUGCCUCAACCUCAAUGGCCACGCUUCACAGGCCCCGCCCCUCUACCGCCUUGUCCUCCAAAUCGAACCCAGCUGGCGCCGCUGCUCUCGGCAACAGAUCCAAUAGCACAUCCAAGGGCAAGGAAGUUUUCAACCGUGCUGCCAACGCCAAGAACUCCGCUGAGCAGCAGAAGAAGGAGAAAGAAGAGGCUGCGAAGAAGGCGAGGGCUGAGGCUGCGGAGCGCUCGAGAGCGUUGAGCCGCGAAUGGGCCGAGAAGCAGAAGGCGAAGAAGGCCGAUUUCAGGGCUAGUGUUGCCGGUGUCCCGAAUGCUGCGGGAUCCUGA